AUGCUGAAGCGGCAGGGGAACCAGUUCCAUGGCCGUGGGCAGUACGCCGACGCCGCCGCCAAGUACAAGCUCGCCAGGGACAGCGUGAAGAACAGCGUGCCGUCGGCGGCCGGGCGCGCCCUGCAGCUGCAGUGCAGCGUCAAUCUGAUGGCCUGUUACCUGAAGCUAGGCGAGUUUGAGGAGUGCGUCAACGAAGGCUCGGAGGUUCUAAGCUAUGACUCGGGCACUGCCAAGGCGUACUACCGAAGGGGUCAAGCGUACAAAGAGCUAGGAAACCUUCAGGCUGCUGUUGCUGACCUGAGUAAAGCCCGUGAAAUGACUCCCGAAGAUGAAACUGUCGCUCAAGCUCUGACAGAGGCGCAAGAAAAACUUGCGACCGAAGGGGGAGCAGCAAACCUGCCGAAGGGAGUUGUCAUUGAAGAAAUUGUAGAAGAAGAUAUUAGUUCGGAUCUGUCGAGUGCUCAAACGAAUUCUUCUUCUUCUACUGCUACUGAGCAUACUGUUUCACAGCCACACAACGGAGCACGAAACUCGACACAAUCUAACUCUUCAGAAAGCUUGGUAAAUACGUCUCAGGUUGCUUCUUCAGCAAGCGGAACAAACCUUGUUGCUCCAGAUUUUGGAUCCAAUAUGCCUGGGAUGGUUGGUAUGGCGGACCCUGCUAUGUGGGAGAUGUUUACCUCCAUGGUGGAGAACAUGAGCCCUGAUGAGAUGGCAAACAUGAGUGGGCUGCUCGGUAUCGAGAUGUCCAAGGAAGAUGCUGCCAACGCUCAACAGGCUAUGUCUUCAUUCUCUCCACAAGAUUUAGAGAAAAUGAUGAAAUGGAUCGACAGAGCACAGCGAGGAGUCGAAGCGGCAAGGAAGACGAAGGACUGGCUCCUAGGCAGGAAAGGCUUCAUCUUCGCUAUCAUCAUGCUGAUCUUGGCGUUCAUCCUCCAUCGUCUUGGAUUCAUGGGGUAG